AUGCCAGACCUUCCAGCACUGAUUCACGGACUGAUUCCCUGCUUGCUUUUGACCUCCUCUCCUCGUGUCUUCCCUGGUAAACGCACCAGUCUUCUGUUCCUGACUUUGAGUAUGGCCUGUUCCUGUCUACCUGUGGCUGUCCCUGUCUACCUGUGGCUGUUCCUGUCCUCCGGUUUCGGUCCUCUCAGGAAAGCCCAGAAACUCCAGCUUGGUCCACCUCAUAGCUGUGUGUCCAUGAAGAGUGACUGGUCUAUGCGCGAACCUGUUAACUUCAAAUAUGGCAAUCAGUCUGCUGAUCAGAGAGUUCAUCAGCAGAGCUCAGAGGUUCUCAGUGGUCAGCCUGUCCAGCAGCAUCAAACACAGCUGGACUCCAUAUUUAUGCUGCUGGAGGAGAACAUCAGCAGGUUUGUGAAGAAUGAGCUGAAGAAGAUGCAGAAGACUCUGAGUCCAGAUUACCCAGAAUGCUUAGAGAGUCAGAGUGAGGAUGAGGAGGUGUUGGACGGUGAGGAGAAAGAGCAGAGGAGGAGCAGCAGAGAGGCAUUUCUGAAGAUCACAGUGCACUUCCUGAGGAGAAUGAAACAGGAGGAGUUGGCUGAGCGUCUGCAGAGCAUAACGUUCAGAGCUGCAAAGUGUCGACGUAAACUGAAGUCUAACCUACAAAAGAAUUUCCAGUGUGUGUUUGAGGGGAUCGCUAAAGCAGGAAACCCAACCCUUCUGAAUCAGAUCUACACACCGCUCUACAUCACAGAGGGAGGGACUGCAGAGGUCAAUGAUGAACAUGAGGUCAGACAGAUUGAAACAGCAUCCAGGAAACCAGUCAGACCAGAAACAACAAUCAGACAAGAAGACAUCUUUAAAGCCUCACCUGGAAGAGAUGAACCAAUCAGAACAGUGAUGACAAAGGGAGUGGCUGGCAUUGGGAAAACAGUCUUAACACAGAAGUUCACUCUGGACUGGGCUGAAGACAAAGCCAACCAGGACAUACACUUCACAUUUCCAUUCACUUUCAGAGAGCUGAAUGUGGUGAAAGAGAAAAAGUACAGCUUGGUGGAACUUGUUCAUCACUUCUUUACUGAAACCAAAGAAGCAGGAAUCUGCAGGUUUGAAGAGUUCCAGGUUGUGUUCAUCUUUGACGGUCUGGAUGAGUGUCGGCUUCCUCUGGACUUCCACAACACUGAGAUCCUGACUGAUGUUACAGAGUCCACCUCAGUGGAUGUGCUGCUGACAAACCUCAUCAGGGGGAAACUGCUUCCCUCUGCUCGCCUCUGGAUAACCACACGACCUGCAGCAGCCAAUCAGAUCCCUCCUGAGUGUGUCGGCAUGGUGACAGAGGUCAGAGGGUUCACUGACCCACAGAAGGAGGAGUACUUCGGGAAGAGAUUCAGAGAUAAGAAGGAGGCCAGCACAAUCAUCUCCCACAUCAAGAUAUCACGAAGCCUCCACAUCAUGUGCCACAUCCCAGUCUUCUGCUGGAUCACUGCUACAGUUCUGGAGGAUGUGUUGAAAAGAAGAAAGAGAAGAGAGCUGCCCAAGACCCUGACUGAGAUGUACAUCCACUUCCUGGUGGUUCAGUCCAAAGUGAAGAACGUCAAGUAUGAUGGAGGAGCUGAGACAGAUCCACACUGGAGUCCAGAGAACAGGAAGAUGAUUGAGUCUCUGGGAAAACUGGCUUUUGAGCAGCUGCAGAAAGGCAACCUGAUCUUCUAUGAAUCAGACCUGAUGGAGUGUGGCAUCGAUAUCAGAGCAGCCUCAGUCUGCUCAGGAGUGUUCACAGAGAUCUUUAAAGAAGAGAGAGGGCUCUACCAGGACAAGGUGUUCUGCUUCGUCCAUCUGAGUGUUCAGGAGUUUCUGGCUGCUCUUCAUGUCCAUCUGACAUUCAUCAAGUCUGAAGUCAAUCUGCUGGCAGAAGAAAGAACAACAUCCAGGUUGUCUAGCGUCUUUAAAGAAAAACCUGAACCAACCCGUUUCUACCAGAGAGCUGUGGAUGAGGCCUUAAUGAGUCCAAAUGGACACCUGGACUUGUUCCUCCGCUUCCUCCUGGGUCUUUCACUGCAGACCAAUCAGACUCUCCUACGAGGUCUGCUGACACAGACAGGAAGUAGCUCACAGACCAAUCAGAAAACAGUUGAGUACAUCAAGAAGAAGAUCAGUGAGAAUCUGUCUGCAGAGAGAAGCAUCAAUCUGUUCUACUGUCUGAAUGAACUGAAUGAUCGUUCUCUAGUGGAGGAGAUCCAACAGUCCCUGAGAUCAGGAAGUCUCUCCACAGAUAGACUGUCUCCUGCUCAGUGGUCAGCUCUGGUCUUCAUCUUACUGUCAUCAGAAAAAGAUCUGGAUGUGUUUGACCUGAAGAAAUACUCUGCUUCAGAGAAGGCUCUUCUGAGGCUGCUGCCAGUGGUCAAAGCCUCCAACAAAGCUCUACUGAGUGGCUGUAACCUCUCAGAGAGAAGCUGUGCAGCUCUGUCCUCAGUUCUCAGCUCCCAGUCCUCUAGUCUGAGAGAUCUGGACCUGAGUAACAGCAACCUGCAGGAUUCAGGAGUGAAGCAGCUUCAUGCUGGAUUGGAGAGUCCACACUGUGGGCUGGAAACUCUCAGUCUGUCAGGAUGUCUGAUCACAGAGGAAGGCUGUGCCUCUCUGGCCUCAGCUCUGAGCUCCAACCCCUCCCAUUUGAGAGAUCUGGACCUGAGUAACAACAACCUGCAGGAUUCAGGAGUGAAGCAGCUUUCUGCUGGAUUGGAGAGUCCACACUGUACACUAGAAACUCUUAGUUUGUCAGGAUGUCUGAUCACAGAGGAAGGCUGUGCUUCUCUGGCCUCAGCUCUGAGCUACAACCCCUCCCAUCUGAGAGAGCUGGACCUGAGCUACAACCAUCCAGGAGACUCAGGAGAGAAGCUUUUGUCUGCUGGACUGGAGGAUCCACACUGGAGACUGGACACUCUCAGGGUGGACCAUGGUGGAGAGCACAGGUUAAAACCUGGUCUGAAGAAGUAUUUCUGUGAACUCACACUGGACACAAAUACAGUGAACAGAAGACUCCAACUGUCUGAUAACAACAGGAAGGUGACACAAAUGAAGAAGGACCAGUCAUAUCCUGAUCAUCCAGACAGAUUUGACUCCAAGGCUCAGCUGCUGUGUAGUAAUGUUCUGACUGGUCGCUGUUACUGGGAGGUCGAGUGGAGAGGAAGAGUUUUUAUAUCAGUGAGUUACAGCGGAAUCAACAGGAGAGGAGCCAGUGAUGACUGUGUGUUUGGAUGGAACGAUCAGUCCUGGAGUUUGAAAUGCUCUGAUCAUGAUGAUGACUUUGGUUACUAUGUCUUUCACAAUAAGAGAGGAGCAUCCAUCUCCUCCUCCUCCUCUGUCUCUAACAGAGUAGCAGUGUAUGUGGACUGUCCUGCUGGCACUCUGUCCUUCUACAGAGUCUCCUCUGACACACUGAUCCACCUCCACACCUUCAACACCACAUUCACUAAACCUCUGUAUGCUGGGUUUUGGGUCGGGCCUGGUUCCUCAGUGUCUGUGAGUCCUCUGUCUGAGGGAGAGUCUCCUCCUAUGGAGACAAAAAAUCACACUGCUGACUGA